AUGAAGGAGUUGAUGAGUUUAAUUAGCGCUGGUGUGGCGGAUCUUCCGCUGCGCCCCCUGCUGUACACAGCCGGAGCUGCAGCCACUGCUGCCGGCAUUUACUGCUUCAUCAAACGAGGAGAUGGAGAGAAAACACCAGACCCUGAGGACACAACUCCAUCCGAAGACCCAGUGUGUGACCAGGCCACGGAACCGGCUCUGGUCCAACCCGUAGAGGUUCCUCAGGACCAGGUCACGGAUGCUGUGACUGAGGCUGAGGAGAAGAUUCAGAAGCUUGUGGUGUCCAAUACUCAGCUGGAGGACAGAGUGAGGGAGCUGGAGGAACUGCUCUGUGAGGCACGCCGAGAUUGUGACAUGAAAAACAAGGCAUUUGAGCGAGAGCAGUGGGCUCACGGCAUCCUGCAGCUCAAGCAUGAUGAUAUGAAGGAGUUCAUGAAGGUCUCCUUGACUAAAGCUGAGGAGAAACAUCAGAAGGCUUUGGAGACCAUUGCUCAGGUGGAGGCUGAGAAGUCUGACCUGACAGACCAAGUUGAGACACUGCAAGGCACAGUGCAGUACAUGUGGAAACUGCUCUGUAAGACCCAGAGGAAGGCUGAUGAUCUUACAAAAGAGCGUGAGCAAGAGCGAGAGGCUCACAGCAUCCUCCAGGCGGAGAACGAUGUGCUGAAGAAGACUCUGAUUCAGAAGGAGGAGUUACUGAAGAAGUCAAUAUUUGGUGUGACGAUCCUUCGCUUUAAAAAAAAAAAACAGUAUUCUCAGGUGCAAGUUGAGACACUGCAAGGCACAGUGCAGUACAUGUGGAAACUGCUCUGUGAGACCCAGAGGAAGGCUGAUGAUCUUACAAAAGAGCGUGAGCGAGAGAGGGACGCUCACAGCAUCCUCCAGGCGGAGAACGAUGAGCUGAAGAAGACUCUGAUUCAGAAGGAGGAGUUACUGAAGGUCUCCCUGGCUGAAGCAGAGGAGAAACAUCAGAAGGCUGUGGAGACCAAUGCCCAGCUGGAGGCUGAAAAAUCUGACCUGAUGUACCAGGUGGAGACACUGCAAGGAACAAUGCAGGACAUGGGGAACCUGCUCUGUGAGACUCACAGGGAGUGUGACCAGCUAACGAACGAACGUGACCGAGAGCGGGAGGCUCACAGCAUCCUCCAGACGGAGAACGAUGAGCUGAAGAAGACUCUGAUGCACAAGAACGAGUUCCUGAAGGUCUCCCUGACUGAAGCAGUUGAGAAACAUCAGAAGGCUGUGGAGACCAUUGCUCAGCUGGAGGCUGAAAAAUCUGACCUGACAUACCAGGUGGAGACACUGCAAGGAACAGUGCAGGACAUGGGGAACCUGCUAUCUGAGACUCACAGGCAGUGUGACGAGCUAACAAACGAGUGUGAGCGACAGCGGGAGGCUCACAGCAUCCUUCAGGCAGAGAACGAUCAGAUGAAGGAGACUCUGCUGCACAAUGAGGAGUUUCUGAAGGUCUUCCUGGCUGAAGCAGAGGAAAAACAUCAGAAGGCUGUGGAGACAAUUGCUCAACUGGAGGCUGAAAAAUCUGACAUGACGUACCAGGUGGAGACACUGAGAGGAAGAGUGCAGGACAUGGGGAACCUGCUCUGUGAGAGUCACAGCCAAUGUGACAAGUUAAUGAACGAGCGUGAGCGAGAACGGGAGGCUCACAGCAUCCUCCAGGUGGAGAACGAUGAGAUGAAGAAGACUCUGAUUCAGAAGGAGGAGUUACUGAAGGUCUCCCUGGCAGAAGCAGAGGAGAAACAUCAGAAGGCUGUGGAGACCAAUGCCCAGCUGGAGGCCAAAAUAUCUGACCUGAUGUACCAGGUGGAGACACUGCAAGGAACAAUGCAGGACAUGGGGAACCUGCUCUAUGAGACUAACAGGGAGUGUGACGAGCUAACGAACCGAGAGCGGGAGGUUCACAGCAUCCUCCAGGCGGAGAACGAUGAGAUGAAGAAGACUCUGAUUCAGAAGGAGGAGUUCCUGAAGGCCUCCUUGGCAGAAGCAGAGGAGAAACAUCAGAAGGCUGUGGAGACCAUUGCUCAGCUGGAGGUGGAGAAGUCCAACCUGACAUACCAAGUGGAGACACUGCGAGGAACAGUGCAGGAAUCGGGGAACCUGCUAUCUGAGACUCACAGGCAGUGUGACGAGCUAACGAACGAGUGUGAGCGAGAGCGGGAGGCUCACAGCAUCCUCCAGUCCGAGCACAACGAGAUGAAGGAGAAGCUAAAACACUGUGAAGAGUUACUAAUGGUAAGCUUUUCUACUCACUAUGUCAUUAUUGCUGUAGUCUUUUUUCACCAUUUGCUGAUGUGAACAUUAAGCACUCGAGUAUGAACCUUUUUUCCCCUUGUGUGUAUUUUAGGAACGUGAGC